UUUUUUACCAGCUCAAUACACCAUGUCUGACCUCGGCCGCAAAGACCUGAGCACCCAGCUCGGCGAGAAGAUCACUCCCGACUCGCAGAAGUCUACCCUCGACCAGACCAAGGAGACCAUCACCGGUGCCGCUGACAAGGCCACUGCCGCUGUUGUCCCAGAGGGCGAGAAAUCCACCACCCAGAAGCUCGGCGAUGAGACCCGUGGCACUACCAACGAUGCCUCUGCCCAGGGCAAGACUCUCCUCGACCAGGCUCAGGAGACCGUCGCCAACGCCGCUCAGUCGGUUGCCGAUGCUCUGAAGAAAUAAACGUGCUACUCGGCUUGGACACUCGGGAGAGGUUUCUGCGAUGGAACUGGCUUGAGUCGACGGAUAGGAUGAUCAACAAUGGCUUCCACAGAACACAGAGGAUAGACCCCGGCUUGCACUAUACCCCUACCUCAUAGUUAUUAUGACAAUGACGAUGACCUGAACAACUCUACUUCAUU